GGCCGCUUCAGUUCAACAAGGUACACUUAGCUUUGUAGCAUAGCUAGCCAACCUUACCUAACCCUGUGCCUGUGCAUUUGCCAAGCAAACGCUAACCCAACCUCCAGGAAACCGCUCCACAGCUAGCUUGUAAUGACUAGGCGGACGUAGAUAACACGGCUCAAUGUUUCCAAUGAUGCCGAAGCCUCAUGCCUGUAAAUGUUAGCUUAGCUCAGCUUGUAACUGUGUAAGGGACGUGAGCUAAGAGGGAGGCACUUCCCCCCCCUACAUGCAGCAGCUUGCACUGGUAGUCCUGACCACUUCUGCCUCCUGCUGCUAGCUGAAGUUCCUCCUCCGCCUGCGGGUGAGGUAGUUUCUGUGUCUUCAGCUAGCUCAAACACACCACGACGGUGGAUACAUGUCUACCUCUCAACCGCGAGAAAAGCUACGACAGGGAAAUCUUGCAGUUCAUGUUUCGCCAGGAAGUCAGUGUGACGUCUUUAAUCCCAUCUUGUUCGUAUCUUUUUCAACACGAGAAAAGGAAUAUGUCCAGAUAUAACAUAUACAGCUUGUUGGACUGGGUGUACGGCGGGGUGGACCCGAAGUUUGAGGGUAACGGGGGCCCGGAGUGUGCCGCCUUCAUCGCGCCCCAGCAGCGCAUUGGCGAGAGUCUCAUCAUGGUCCUCAUCUCCCUGCUGGAGAUCGGCGUGGCGCUCAAGAAGAUACACCUUUCUAAAGACCUCAAAGUGGUGGGGAAAGACUGCACAAGGGCAAAGGAAGACAGUCUGGGCAAAAACCUGUUGCUGGUUGCUCUGUGCAUGACUUUUGGAGUCGAAGUUGGCUUCAAGUUCGCCACCAAGACUGUGAUAUACCUGCUGAACCCCUGCCAUGUCAUCACCAUGGUUCAGAUCUUCCUGCUGGCCUGUCCGCCAUGUAAAACAGCAAUGGUUGUAUUUAGGCUGCAGGUUCAUAUGUUAAACGGAGCUUUACUGGCUUUAAUGUUCCCUGUAGUCAACACCAGACUGCUUCCGUUCGAGAAGGAGGUCUACUACAUUCAGCACUCCAUGCUGUACCUGGUGCCUCUUUACCUUUUCAGGAAAGGAGGUGUGUACAAGCCGGAGCCUCUGGGGGACAUGGGGUGGGCGCUGCUCUCCACCGGCAUCCUGUUCCUCUACCACUUUGUCUUCUUGCAGCUACUCGGCCUGCUGACUGAGGUCAACUUGAACAACAUGUUGUGUCCGGCCGUGUCCGACCCUUUCUACGGUCCGUGGUACCGAGUGUGGGCGGCGGGCCACCAGACCCUCCUGACCCUCAUGCACGGGAAGGUCCUCACACUCCUCUCACAGCACACGGGCUCCGUCUGCAGAUCCGUGCUGGACACGCUCCGGUUGCGCAGCAAGAAAGUCGACUGAAUAUCCUGGAAGACGCACACAGACAGACCACGCCUUUUCAUCCUGAAUGCCUGCUCUCUCUUUUUCUUUUCUUUUUUUAGAUCACCAUUUUAAAGCAUCUUUUUUUAAGAUCACUUUAACUGAAAUAAGUGAGCAUUUCAGGAUAAGUGAAUCGAUGUGUCAUUUUCGUGUUGUCUUCGGCUUGCAUGCACAAACACAUUAGACAUUUGAAGGCUGGUCGGUAGCAACAUGGUGAGGGAAAGAUUUUUUCUUUUUGUAAUUUUGGAAAUACCAUUACCUGAAAAAUGUAAGUGAAUUUGGGGAGAUUUCUUAAGAUGCCUUUUUGUAAAUGUAAAAUUCAAGGACAAAUGGAAGUCACCCAGAUGUCGCUACAGAUGUGCUGUUGUUACACUUUCAGUUCUUUAUGUGGUAGUGUUACGCUUCUUCAUAUGUUAUAGAGGGUAACGCUGCCAGUUUCUGUCUCAAGUGUGUCUUGAAUGUGGGCUGAGAGCGUUUUGGUUUCACACGUUUGACUGCCUACUUAAUGUUGACUGAAAAGAGAAACUUAUUUAUGGCGUCCUUCUGUUCCCAGCUUUUGCUACAUUAUGCACAGUUACCUCUUUUUUCAUUUCUGUCACCAGCCCACUCAGAUCAUUCCAGGUGCGAUAAUCAGGGGACACGAGGAUGAUUUACAUGCUGAGAUUGAAAGAGAUGAUUAAGGAUGUACACUGGGAUGUUGUUGUAACCUCUAAAAUGAGGUUCUGUUUAUGUUGGGUUUUUUUUUUUUAUUGUGACAUCAGACCAUAAUCACGUAGUACACACUUGUAAGCACCGUCAAUAUGAAUGUGAUGGUCGAUAUGAAACAUUAAAUGUCUGAGCUGGAAAACAGAAAUCACAAAACUUGAAAUAGUUCCCUGAUCCUCACAUUAAUCCUGAAUUCACUCCACCACAGCAACUGUGACCAGUCAUCGUCUCAGUUUUGUAUAAAAAAUAAAUAAACAGAAAAAAAACAUG